AUGCUGCUUCUUGCGAUUCAGUUUCUUUUGGUUCAUGGCGCAUUUGCCUUUCCUGCGGCGCAGAAUGCCGUUUCUUGUGACCAUGAUGAUUUGUAUACGUCGCUGUCGAGAUAUGGCAGUGACUUUUGUUCGAGUAUGAUAAGAACUCCUUGUGAAGUAUCGUCGACUCCGACACAGUUUGCGACGUAUUCCUCGGCCAAGUUGUCUUCAUACUGUGCCUGUCUUGUAACGACCAGCACAUCGUAUGGAACGGCUGCUACUGGGACUGGUUCCCCGGCUGGCCAAUCCAACAGCACAGGGCCAUAUACGUCGUGGCGUAAUUCUCACAGACCAUCGCCUACAUAUGUCGUUACUCAAGCGAGAUCUGAGAAUGGCGAUGAUGAGGGGGCGUCGAGGACCAACAGUGACGAUGGCUCGGCAACAGAAACUGGUAGAGCAUCUGCUACUACUAAUGCUUCUGGGAGCAACAAUGGAGGUUCUGCAGACAAGGCAACUAGUACUGAUUCUUCAGGUAAUCUGAACUCGCCGACUGACUCUGCAACUAAUGGCUCUGGGGCUCGAUCAACUACUCAGUCGGGUAUUGCCGGUUCAGACACUGGAUCAAUGACGGGACAAGUAACGCGCACAUCGAAUGACGCUUCUCAAGAGACGUCAGCAUCUAACCCUGGUGAUGACGGUGCGGCCAACUCUCGCAACGGCUCGGCAACGGGAAUAAGAACUUCCAGUAUAAAUGAUGGCUCAGGGGCAUCUUCUCGCACAGCAUCGGCCAGCUCAGUCACAGGUGAUGCUACUUCUACAGACGACUCAACAAAUGGUGGUUCUGGAGGAGCAACAAACUCUGGAGGAGGACGUGCUUCUACUACUGCUGCAAAUGGACAGUCAUCCAAUGGCACAUCUAAUGCCCAGAGCUCAGCUAGCGGUUCUCAGGGCUCUAACCAGGGACUCAGCAUCACUUCGGCUAGUUUUACAGACACGCGGAUACCGAGCUUCACUUAUACUGAGUCUAUGCCAGCAAUGACCUCUGGAGAUGCGUCUGGUACCGCUGCUUGGAAUAGCUCAGUUAAAUCUUCUCAAUGGGGUACUGGAGCUGGAAAAACUCCAUCGGCUACAUCUGGAGUGAUUUCAGGACCUUCUUCAAGCCUUGGAAACUUGGGAACAGUUACUACAGUCACAAACGGCACUCAAGUAGCCACUCUUACCAUUCCCCCUUUUAUCACGCCCAGCGGCUUCAACAGCAGCACCAUCAGCCAUAUUGUCAACGCAACACAGACAGGACCGCCCCCUCUACCUGCUGCAAACUUCACGCAGGUAACUCGGACGGGUGCCAUUGUCAAGCCAACGUGCUAUCAGAUGCCUGUGCCACAAGGCGGAUCUACUCGAAGAGCUCUGCUUCACAAUACAAACCUCAGGGAACAAAACGCUACUAUUCCAUUCCCAUAUAUUGAAUCUGUAGAUUUCCAGACAGACGGUGUUGAUCCCUUGUAUCUUACGCUGCGAGAUGCCGCUGAAGGGACCCAUUACAUCGAUGUUUCCAACCGCAGUUACAUCGCCAUUGUGGACUCCCUUUACAACGCCAUGGUCAUUGACGCAAAGGGCAUACAUUUCUCGACCAAGAAGUGCGAGUAUGAUGUUUCCAUCACGAUUGACUCCAUGUAUCAACAACUUGCUGCGCUGUCUGGACAAAUCUGUUCGACGGGUAGCCAGCAGCGGAAACGAAUGAAUGAUGCAGACUUUAACCAAACUCUCUAUCUUCGAGACCAGUGCAAUAAUCCGAUCAAGCAAACGGUUAGACAAUAUCCAUCGCUCAGGGUUGGAGAAUCAAAUUGCAAUCCCAUCGAAGUCGAUGAAGAUACCGGCCGAUGGCUUUUUGACUGCACAUUCCCCGGUUCAGACUCGGGUACAUUGAGAUGUGAAUGGGCUGUCAGGAAUGACAUUGAAGAGUUUCUCUUCACGGACCCCUUUGGCGGUGCCUGUCCCGACUUGUCCACCGUCAUCACAACUCUGGAAGCCAACGGCCAGGAUUUCAUCAAUCCGGAAUCUCUCCGCACCGAGCUAUACAACCAGGGCCUCGACGAUGCGCAAAAAGCAGAAGCCAACCUCAUGGUCAUCUACUACGAUCAACUCUGGGAGAUCCUGAAGCAGGCCUUCUCCAAGCUUCGCACACAGCCACCCGGCAAAGCGAGCGCCAUCCAAGAGUACAUCGACGUGUACAACCACUACCGCAACUUCGAGGACGACAUCUGCGAGGAUCUCCACGCAGGCGACAUGCCCCUGAAGAUGAGCCUCCGCGCAGGCGUAACCACCAUCGACGCCCUCGCGAGACUCAACUGGGCGCCAGAGAACCCAAAGCCGUUCAACGUCACGGUCCAAGAUCCAUCCCAGCUCGCGUGCUGCAGUCCUGGAAGCGACGCGAGGAAGGACGAAACCAACGGCACGUGCGCGUAUCCCUUCAGCGCUCACUUGGGCGAUACGGGCUGUGUCUGCGGAAAGACGGCCUCGGGAGGGUCUGUGGCGUUUGAGAUUACGGAGUGCGACAACUUUGUGAACGACUUUACACUGCAAUCACAUGGCGAAGGCACAAAAUUUGCAAAGAUUUAA